UGUUGAACUCGGAAAAAUCAUGAACCCAAAUGUAACUUGGGUUAGUGUUAGCCGCUGUUAGCACGGACUGACUUUAGGUGGAACAAAGUCAGACUUGACUUAAACAGGAAAAGAAGGAAACUGAAUCAAAGGAAUGUUCACUUCCCACUUCAAGUGGAACGCACCAUCAUGAAAUGCAGCCCCGUCUUUGAAAUUUCCGAUGCCAUUGAAAGCAUCAUGAGAGGAGAGGAAGAAGAGAAUAAGCGUAAUGUCUGUCCUCUACUUUUUCAUUUGUGUCACUUUAGCGCAAGACUUUAAAUUAAAGUACAAGACAGCGACGAAACCUGUGCGUUUGUUUACGGAGGAGGAGCUGAGCAGAUACGACGGCAGCGAGGAGGCGCAGCCGAUUUAUAUGGCGCUGAAAGGAGUGGUGUUUGACGUCAGCUCAGGACAAGUGUGUAAGAAGAAGAAGAAGGAGAACAUCCUGUUUUGUUUCCUCCACUCUGUAGAGUUUUAUGGUAAAGAUGCUCCGUACAACGCCCUCGCUGGUAAAGACUGCACUCGUGCUGUGGCUAAAAUGUCUCUGGAGCCUGCAGACUUGACAUCAGAUACUACAAGCCUCACUGAAGACGAGCUGAAAUCUCUGGACAGUAUAUUUGAAGGCACGUAUAAAGCAAAAUAUCCCAUCGUGGGCUACACAGCAUCGCGCAUCCUCAACGAUGACGGAAGUCCCAACAAAGACUUCAAACCUGAGGACCAGCCUCAUUUUCAGAUCAGAGAUGAGUUUUAAUCUUGUUUACAAAAACAUAUUUUAUACUUUUACACAUGAGAUUAUGAAAAGAAUAAAGUUUCCAAUUUCUAUUCAUAUUUACUUGAGCUGAAUGUUUACACACUGGGACGGGACCCUCAACAAAUUAGCUAAACGUUCCCAAACUUUUAAUCUAGAUUUAUGUGUUAAAUAACAUGCAUAGAUUAAUGCAAUAAUGCAAUGAUUGUAGUUUUUACAGCAGGGGUCUCAAAGUCACAUGACCUGGGGGCCAAUCAGUGUCUAGUCUGGCUAAUCAGAAGCAGGUGAUACUCAGUCAAAUAGUUCACAGAAAUGAAACUCAACAUGUUUUAUAAGUGACAAAAACAGGAUAUUGAGGUUGAUUUAAAAAUGAGUUAAACUCAGAUUUAGAGACUGAAACUUUUACAAAAAAAUCAAAAGUCGAAAAGACAACAAUUAAGGCAAAGAUUCAGAAAUAAAAAUGAAAAGUCAAUUAAAUUCAAUCCAGUGAAAUAAAUAAUGACUAACCCUAACCCUAACAAAACAGACAUUUAAUUAUUAUUAUUGUUAUUAGAUGAUAUGAAAUUAUAUCAGCAAUACUGUAAAAUAAUAUAUAACAGGAAUGUAAAUGUGUUAUAAAUAUAUGACUAAAAACAUUUAAAUCAUAUGUUUGAAAACAUGUUCAUACACUGACCUGAUUUCAAUUACUUAAUUACUUAACAUUUCUUGAAUUCUAAAUUGAUGUUAGUUCCACACUGUGAUUUGUUUAUACUCAUAAUGAUCAUAGUUUAUAAAAUCUUGUUUGUUAAAUGACAUUAAUGAUGGUUUAUUAAUAAUUAUUUCACUCUGAGGUUCAGCCUGGUUUUAUCAUUAAAGUCUGUAAAUGUCAAACGUCUUCACAGUUUGUUUCCACAAUAAAAAAAAUUAUCUUAUUAGACAGACAAACUUUAAA